CAACCUAGGUCACAUGACCCCCCCCCCCCAAUCACAGUUUCAAUGGAAGAGAGCAUUUAGAUUGGCUCACUUGCACUGGGUCAAGAGAACCCACAUGAGCUUUUUCCCACCACACCAAGCCCACUGAAGUGUCGCCAUGAGCAAGGCCCACCCUCCCGAGCUGAAGAAAUGUAUGGACAAGAAGUUAUCGUUGAAGUUAAAUGGUGGCCGACAUGUACAAGGAAGACCACGGGGCUCUGAUCCCUUUAUGAAUCUUGUGAUUGAUGAGUGUGUGGGGAUGGCAACUAGUGGGCAGCAGAACAACAUCGGCGUGGUGGUCAUAUGAGGAAACAGCACCAUCAUGUUAGAAGCCUUGGAAAGAGUCUAAGCAAUGGCUGGUCAGUAGAGGAGUCCACAUCCUUCCCCUAAGGACUGAUUGGGGUGUAGA